AUGGAAAAUCAGAAAUUACUGGAUUUAGAAACCGAUGUAACAGAAAACGAUCAGAAGAAUAUUUACUCAGACACUGAUGAUGGAGUGUUAUCUGAAGAGUUAAAACACAAAUAUGAAAAUGCUAUUGAUGAUGACCUUUACAUUGUAACAGAGAAAGUAAUUAAUGCUGAAAAAUCACCUUCGCUUGAAAAUACCUAUGAAGUAAUCGACCAGGAGUCUAAAACUGUUCAUGAUGUUAAGGAAGAAUCUGAAGAUACAAACAUAUCUGACGAAGAGAAAGAUAAUUUAUUUGAAAACGAUCCAGUGUAUUAUAAAAAAAAUGAGGAUCUUGGAACUCUUCCACAAAUAGAAACUCCAAAAGUAGGAGAAUUAGUAUCUUCUGAAAAAUCUGAACCCUUGAUUACAGAUACUACUAAAACAGUAAUCAUUCAAGAUAAUGAACCUGUGGAUACUACUGUACAAUCCAAAGUAAAAAUUUUAGAUAUUCCAGAAGUCAUUCCAAAUGUGUCAACCGAGGUGUCAACUAAGAAAGAUUCUGAUGAAGGGGAUGUAUGUGAUAUAAAGAUUGGACCUGAUGAACUAUUUUGUAGAAUUGGACUAGAUAAAUGGUUUAACCCUGAGAAAUUACCACCAAAAGUUGAAGCUUUGGUAUAUUGGAGAGAUCCUGUAUCAUCGGGCAUUGUUUUUGGUGCUACGCUAGUCGUAUUGCUGUCGUUCGCAUAUAUGUCACUGAUUAGCGUAGUUGCUUAUCUGGCUAUGUUCAUACAAUCUGGAUGCAUUCUUUUACGUCUGUAUAAAACUGCUCUACAGACAGUAAAUAAAACUAAUGAAAGUCACCCAUUCCAAGAAUAUCUUGACUUGGACAUCAGGCUACCACAGGAAAAAGCUGAAGAACUGUGCAAAUUAGCUGUUGUGCACAUCAAUGCCGUAUUGGUUGAACUUCGUCGCUUGUUACUUGCUGAAGACUUGGUCGAUUCUGCCAAAUUCUUUGGUAUUCUCUGGGUGUUGACAUAUGUUGGCGCUUUGUUCAACGGCCUUACACUCAUAAUUAUUGGAUUUAUUGCCCUGUUCACACUACCCAAAGUUUAUGAGAACAAUAAGACUCAAAUUGAUCAAAAUAUUGAAGUAGUUAGAAGCAAGAUUGCUGAAUUGACUAACAAAGUUCGAGCAGCUAUUCCAAUCGGAAAAAAGAAUCCAGAGACAAAGAAGAAGGAAUAAACCCCCUUGUUUGUUUUCCUAUUAAAGUCCAUCAAUUUUCUUGUGGUCAAUGAUUAAAAUUUUAGGACAACAUAUUUUUUUUUUUUUUUUUAUUAAUAUAUAUUUAUAUAUAUAUAUAUUUAGACCAUGUCGUCCCAGUAAAAUUAAACAUUUAUACUAUUAUUAAAAUACUCAUUGCUCCCGUUUUUAAAUAAUUUAUAUUGUAUCACGGGAAAAUAUGUGUAGAACGUCUUUUGACAUUACUAUUUCACCACAUAAUGUAAACGUGUAAAGGUUUGUGAGUUAUUUCAUUUUUAUUUUCAGCCUGGUUCAGCUUUUGCUCAUUUUAUUAUUCUGCCCCUCCUCAAAUUUUACCUACAUUUUUAUUCCUCGUGCUAUAUAUCAUAAUAUAGCAAAGCAAGAAGCUAGCUUAACUUUUAAACAAUGCUAUUUGUUUGUGUAUACUUAUAAUAUAUUUACUCUGUUGAGAAUGUGUUAAA